AAUGCUUCUCUAAGCCUGAACCAGUCGCCCCAUGCCUCAUGAGCCGCAGCCGCAGCCGCAGCCGCAGCCGCAGCCGCAGCCGCAGCUCCAGCAGCAGCAGCGGCGGCAGCAGCAGCAGCAGUGGCGGCGGCCGGGCUCGCGAGGCCGGCGCCCGUGCGGCUUCGGCCCUCGGAGAGCAGAGCCAGAGCGAGGAGAGCGAUGUGGAGGAGUGUGAGGAGGGCUCGCACGACCUGCGCUCGCACAUGUUGCUUUGCGGCCGCUAUCGCAGCCUGGGAUGCUUGGGAAGAGGCGCCUUCGCCUCGGUGUGGCUCUGCCGCGAGGGCCGGGACUUGGUGGCGUUGAAGGUGUAUCAGGCCGUGGACCGCUUUCAGCGCUACGCGCAGGAGGAGGCGGAGAUCCUGGACACGGUGGCGGAACAGGGAGGGUGCCCCGAGCUGCCGGAGCUUCAUGGGCUCGAAGCACACCACGGCCUCAGCUGCCAGCACGCCUGCGUUUGCAUGAGCGUGAUGGGCCCUUCCGCCCUGAGCCUUGCUGAGCGGUGCCACCACAACCGCCUGCCCUUUCCACUGCUGUGGGCUGCGGCGCGGGAUGUGCUGAAGGCCUUGGAUUUCCUCCACAGGACCUGCUCCAUCAUCCACACGGACGUGAAGCCGGAGAACGUGCUGGCGACUGGGCCAUGUACGGAUCUGCAGAGCUGCAGGCGCUUCGGCGGCCUGGACCGGGCGCGGCAGAUGGACUUGGCGCUGGGCGAAGGCGCGCGGGCCACCUUCGGCCUGGCGGACCUGGGGAACAGCUGUUACAGAAACCGGCGGCUGGCCCUGGACAUUUCGACUCUGGAAUACAAAGCCGUGGAGGUGCUGAUUGAUGCUGGCUAUGACACCAGCGCCGACUUGUGGUCGACGGCUUGCACCAUCUACGAGUUGGCGACUGGCCGCUAUCUCUUCGACCCGCGGCGGAUGCAGGCGAGGCCCAAGGACCUCAAGGUCCGGGAGCCGGUGGCAGAGGAGCACCUGGCGCAGGUGGCAGAGCUGCUUGGCCCGCUUCCCCGCUCUUUGAUGAGCCGGGCGGGGGCUGCUGCCAAAGGCGGGGGAGCAGUGCAGCCGGGGAUUCUCAUUCGCCAGCCUGACAGCAUCCGGCACGCCUUAGGCGAUGCCACCGCGGCCGCCGCGCGCCGAGCGGACGCCUUCCUGGCGACGGCUGAGGCCGAGGAGCUGCCGCGCUGCGGCGUGCUGCAGAGGCUGCAGGAGCACCUGGCAGAGGCGGCCUUUCCCCUGGCCGAGCUGCUGGAGCCCAUGCUGCAGGCGACGGGGGCUCUGAAUGCAUAA